AUGGAGGAAUAUGUCUUGUAUAAUGGUAAACUUUCCAGACAGUUUAAUAUCUUACAGGGGGUUCGACAAGGUGGGGUAUUAUCGCCAUGGCUAUUUCUUCUCUUCAUUGAUGACAUGAUAAGCGAGCUGGAAAAGCUAUCCACUGGUAUAGUUAUUCAAAAUUUGUUUGUUGGAUCACCAAUGUUUGCUGACGAUCUUACGCUAAUGUCAAGAUUAAAACGAGGUCUUGAUAACAUGCUUGUACAAGUUCAUAACUAUAGCCUAAAAUGGAGACUUACUUUUAAUGAGAAAAAAACUGUUGUGCUGACCUUUGGCGAAAAACGAGAUAACAUAUCGGCAGUUACGAACAGAAGGUGGCUUAUAGGAGGUAAAGAAAUCAUGGAGAAAAGUAUCUGGCAUAAUCUUGAAAAAGAUUGGCACACCGACGUUUCCAGCCUUAUUCCAAUACUAGAGGCUGCGAAGAAAGGUCAGGCUAUCGGCAUUGGUUUAGCAAAUCUAGGAUGUAGAUUUAACGGGAUGAGUCCAUUGGUGGCGACUAAGCUGUGGGCACGGAUUGCUCUGCCGAAAAUGUUGUACGGUGCUGAGUUGUGGACACUUAAUCGAGAAAAACUAUCAAAAUUGGAAAAGGUACAGAAUAUAUUUUUAAGAGUAUGUCUGGGUUUACUUAGUGGUACCUUGGGUUCAGCUGCACGUGGACUUCUUGGUCUCUGGACGGUCGGAGCAGAAAUAGACAAACGAAAGCUUCUGUUUCUCAGGCGACUAAUAUGUGCAAGUGAGGACUGUGUACAUCGCAGGGUAUUCAUGAUACGACUUAAUAGAUGGAGAUGGAAUCCGAACAAAAUCACUGGUUUUGUACCAGAUUUAGUUAGAAUCUUACAGAAGUAUUGCUUGUGGGAGUAUAUGGACAAUUUUCUGCAGUCUGGAAAUUUUCCCAGCAAAUCUGAAUGGAAGAAAACAGUAAUUGAGAAUAUUAAUCAUACGGAGAUUGAGUUUUGGAAGUUCAAAACGCAACGUUAUAAACAAUUAGGAUUAUACAGCCAAGUCGUAAAAGAACCAAUGCGUAACAUGUGGCUGCAGUUUGCUCUCGAAAACAGCGAGAUGGCCAUCCAAGUGGCAAUUAUUGUUAAAAUUCUUUGUGGGUCAUUCUAUGUGAAUGGUGUGCGAUUUGCUGGGGGAAAAACACAAUUUCAUUGUAUGUCUUGUGGCAACUACUACAUAAAUCCUGUAAAACAUGCUAUGUUGCAUUGUUGUGAAACACAAUUAGCAAGAACAAAAUUAUGGGAACGUAUCACAUAUUUCUUUCCAGUGGAAUUCGUAGUAAACAUUAACUCGUUAGAUGAGGGCAAUUUGAUGCAGACAAUCUUUGGAAACAUGCAAUUCGUGCAGGGACAUGAUAAUAACCAAGUACAAAACUUUUACAUUAUCGUUGCUGAGUCGAUUUCGCAGAUAAUAACAAUAACGAGUUACAUUGACAUUUAUUUGGAUUCAGAAACUAGUCAUUAG